AAUGUUGUUUAUGUAAUGAAAAAUUUUAUUUUCAUCAUUACUGAAGUCGUUACCUAAGUAUUUUUUUUGGGCAAAAUACUUGAAAGCUUUAUGCUAUUAAUAUUUCAAUAAUAUUGAAAUGGCAUACAAAUUUUAUAGUGCAGCUCAGCAUCUAGAGCCACAUUUGUUUAAACUUUUCAGAAACAAGUGUAGUUUGCACAGUCAGAGCUUUCAAGUCAAUCCUAUAAUAUGCAGGUAUCUUGCCCAAAUGCAACUUUUCUGUGAUAAAAUACCAAAAGGAUUUGAAAAAUAUUUUCCUGAUGGCAAAAAAGCAAAAAGUGACCAGAAGAGUAAAGAGUCAUCUCAAGAGAAAAAAGAAGAUGUGCAAGAGCCACCAUCUAAAGCUGCAGAAACUACGAAACCUCCGACUAGCUCCGAUUGGAUUUUCAAGUUUAAUGUUGGAGGAGGUGGUUCAAAAAAGGGAGGAAAAAAUCCCUUCAGCCCUGAUGAUGGAAAUCAAUAUGCUGCUUAUUUAACAUUUGGAGCAUUAGGAAUUUUAGGAUUAGUUGCUUAUAAUGAACUACGCUACAAAGAAAUAACGUGGAAAGAUUUUGUUAAUCAGCAUUUAGCAAGGAACAUUGUUGAAAAGCUUGAAGUUGUAAAUAAGAAAUGGGUCAGGAUAAAGUUCAUUCCUGGAAAUCAAAUAGAUAAUAAAAAAUAUUGGUUUAAUAUCGGCAGUGUGGAUACAUUUGAAAGGAACCUGGAAAAUGUUCAACUGGAAAUGAAUAUUGAGCCUUCAAAUUUUGUUCCUGUUGUAUAUAAAACUGAGCUUGAUGGGGCUAGUUUAAUUUCAUAUCUUCCUGGUUUAGCACUAGUAGGUUUCUUGUUUUGGAGCAUGCGAAGGUCAUCUGGUAUGAUGGGAGGUUCCAGUGGUAGAAGGGUUGGUGGUCUUUUUGGCAUGGGUGAAACAACUGCCAAACUCAUCAAUCCUACAGAUAUAGGUGUUAAAUUUAGGGAUGUUGCUGGUUGUGAAGAAGCUAAAGUGGAAAUCAUGGAAUUUGUAAAUUUUUUGAAAAAUCCACAGCAAUAUAUUGAAUUGGGAGCAAAAAUUCCUAAAGGUGCCAUUUUGACAGGUCCUCCUGGAACAGGGAAAACUCUUUUAGCAAAAGCUACUGCCGGAGAAGCAAAUGUCCCUUUCAUUACUGUUUCUGGAUCAGAGUUCCUUGAAAUGUUUGUUGGUGUUGGUCCCUCUAGGGUUCGGGAUAUGUUUUCUCUUGCUCGAAAAAAUGCCCCCUGUAUAUUGUUUAUUGAUGAGAUCGAUGCAGUUGGUCGUAAAAGAGGUGGAAGAAGCUUUGGAGGUCACUCAGAGCAAGAAAACACAUUAAACCAAUUGUUGGUUGAAAUGGAUGGGUUUAACACCACCACCAAUGUAGUUGUUUUAGCUGCUACGAAUCGGGUAGAUAUUCUUGAUCAGGCAUUAUUACGUCCAGGACGAUUUGACAGACAGAUAUUUGUGCCUGCACCUGACAUCAAAGGAAGAGCUUCCAUUUUCAAAGUACAUCUUCAGCCGUUAAAAACAUUAAUUGAUAAGAUGGAUCUAAGUCGUAAAAUGGCUGCUCUCACUCCAGGUUUUACAGGAGCAGACAUUGCCAAUGUGUGCAAUGAAGCAGCUCUGAUUGCUGCUCGUGAUCUAAAUGAGUCCAUCCACAUGAAACAUUUUGAACAAGCUAUUGAAAGAGUAGUUGCAGGCAUGGAGAAAAAGACUUCUGUUCUUCAACCUGAGGAAAAACGAACUGUAGCAUACCAUGAGGCUGGGCAUGCAGUAGCAGGUUGGUUCCUUGAACAUGCAGAUCCACUGCUUAAAGUGUCCAUUAUUCCCAGGGGCAAAGGUUUGGGGUAUGCUCAGUAUCUACCCAAAGAACAGUACCUUUAUACUACUGAACAACUUUUUGACCGUAUGUGCAUGACUUUGGGAGGUCGUUGUUCCGAGCAAAUUUUCUUUGGAAAAAUCACCACUGGUGCUCAAGAUGAUUUGCGGAAAGUUACACAAAGUGCUUAUGCUCAGGUUGUUCAAUUUGGCAUGAAUGAAAAAGUUGGACAGCUGUCAUUUGAGAUGCCACAGCCUGGAGAUAUGGUCCUUGAUAAACCUUAUAGUGAAGCUACUUCUCAACUUAUUGAUAGUGAAGUAAGAAGUCUUAUAUCAAGAGCAUAUGAUCGAACACUGCAGCUUUUGAAGGAACACCAGAAAGAUGUAGAAAAGGUCGCCCUUCGUCUUCUUGAUAAAGAAAUAUUGAGCCGUGAUGAUAUGAUAGAAUUGCUUGGAGCUAGACCAUUUAAAGAAAAAUCCACAUAUGAAGAAUUUGUUGAAGGGACUGGAUCAUUUGAAGAGGACACAACACUGCCUAAAGGGUUAGAAGGAUGGAACAAAGAUCCAAAAACUGAUAAAAAGCCAUCUCCAAAACCAGCACCCACAGAAUCUUGAAACUAUAAUUGUUGCUUUUAGAGUUUUACGCUAAUUAAAAAUCAUCUCUUCUUGUUAUAGUCAUUUUGCAACAAAUUUUAAUUUUGCAAAAAGCCUAGUAGCAUUAUACAGAAAACUUACAUGGUAUCUCAAAAUUUUAUGCUUUAUUCCAUAUUGUGACUUUUGUUGAGAUCAUAUAGUUUCUCUUCAGUUUUGUUUAAAAGUUUAAGAGUUUUUUUUUACUGUAGAAAAUUGGAUGGGUUUACUGUAAAUUAGUUUUUCAUUAUCAACACUAUUUUAGUUUUUUCAAACUCCAAUUAUACGUAACAUAUUGAGAAAAAUUCAUGUUAAGAUAUAAUUAAAUAAUCUAUCAGUAAAAGUUCAUUCUUAAGAGUAAACCUACAAUGUACAAAUAUUUAUUUCUUAGAUGUACAGAUGUUUCACAUUCUUUUUUUUUUUUUUUUUGCAUAAAUGUUAUUUUUUUCCUUGUGCCUGAUCAUUAGUAAUUUAUUAACAAAAUAUUUGAUGUUAGUACUGCUAAGUCAUUUGAUUCUUUAAUCUUUCAUAAUUGACUAGUGUACUUUUUUUUUUCCACUACUGGAGAAAGUACUCCUUGAAAGUUUCAGGUUUUUAGAAAUAUCAUUUUAAAGACAUAUUAAUUAUUAAUCACAAUAAAUGCUUUAUUAAUUCUUGUAGCUAUGGCAAAUGAGAAAAUAAAAAAAAAACCUGGUAGUGUUUCAUUUUUACACAUAAUCAACUAUUUAGAUUCAACUUAGAGGCUUUUUUUUUUCUUUGCAGCAUGUAUAUAUUUUGAAUAUGUAUUUAUUUCAUAUUUAAACUAACUAAAAAUGUUGAAACAUUUUUUUAAAUUAUUUUCUAAUAUUUUAUUAUUUUUUGCUCUUACGAAGUACAUUUGCAGAAAAUUUUUGAAAUGAUUAUGAGCGUUAUCAUUAGGAAAUCAGAAGGUCAUGUUUUUAAAUAUAAAGUUUUUUAUAACUUUCAUAUAAAUUCUGUUAAUGAUAAUUCAAAAGUGAAAAAUAGUAGGACAUUUAUUUUCUAUGUUAAAUUCUCAAAAAAGCAAAUGAACUAUUGAAUAUUUGUGUAUAGUUCUUUCAUAAUUCAUCUGUGAAGAAAUAUAAAGUAUUAUGGUGUUCAAUCAAUAUGUAUACCUUUAUUGAUUCUAGUCCAACAAAACUUGAAAGAAACUGUUCUCAUUUCAAUACUAAUUAAGAUUUGUUUUUAUUAGGGACUUAUUUAAUUUAUUUUGUGAUACAUGAAGAGUUGAUGUAAGAGAAUUGUACAGUUGUAUAGUAUUUAUGUGAAUAUAAAAUAUUUUUAAGUGA